CCUGUGGUUAAGAUACGUGUCAGAGACAGAUUUGCCUUUACAGUAUUGUUAUGAUCUAAUAUUAAUCUUCUAGGUAAUUUUUCGCAUUACCACCACUUGGUACCUCUUUUCCCAUAAUCUUAGGGCAUUGGGUUAUUUCUCGGUCAUUGGUUUAUGUCAUCAUUUCUUGUCUUCAAGGCCUAAAAUAUCUAAACUGAAAUUUUGCAGGCCUCAGUCUACAGAUUCUUGCAUUUCAGCUUGUCUUACUUAUGUCUAAUGCAUUAUUCUUUUAUAUACUAAUUAAUCUUAUACUUUUAUAACCCUACAAAUUAACUCUAAUUAACAUACAAUGAAUAUAUAACAUGUUGAUAAAUGAAAAUAAACUAAAAUCAUUGGAUACACUAACCAUCAGAAGAGUGAGGUUUUGGAACAGCUUCCCAACAGGAAUCAUGGGGGCAAACAAUCUAUUUGAGGAUGAAUGAAAAGUUUGUGAACAAGAUAAUAUAUGGGGAUGCCUGCAAAUGGACCAUCACCUAGGAGGUCCCUUCCAGUCCUAUGUUCCUAGGUGAAAAGAAACAAAGACAAACCAUGAGCUUUAACACAUUGGGUGCCCCCCUAAUUUUCUUGCUUGAGGCAAGGAUGUGACAGCCUGUCAUGGGAUAAUUUCCAGAGUGUUGAGACAAUAUGUGUGUGUGAGAGAGAGCAGAGCUGCUGGGUAGGCCACUAGCAGUUUUAAAGAAACUACUUAGGCCUAUAAUAGAUGCUGAUGCAAAUGGCAGGAUUGUAACAACACAAACAGCUCCCUCUCCCAAUUCCCUACUGUGGGUGCACUGAGCAUGCCCAGGAGGGUUGCUAUUUGUGUUGUUACACAUGCCGGGGCGCCCCUCGCUCAGGGAGGGAAAAGCUAUUCCCGACCCCGUCCUGUGCGAGCCGGGCGCUGGCUGAACGGCCCCCUCGGGUCGGUGUCAUAGCGGCGCCCGUGGAGCUUCCUGGCUCAGACCCGCCCUGCCAGCGCCGCCUCCAUUGUGAGCCGGGAGCCGGGGCUGAGUCGCUGCUGCUCCGCAGCGGGGUGUGUGCGGGGAGAGCUCUUCCCUAGGGAUCCUCUGUGCCCAGCCGGGGGGGACUUUCUCCGAGGGCUGGAACCAGCCCCGGGCUCUGCCGACACCAGCCCCUGAGCCGGAGCCUGCAGGUGAGGGGAGAGACCCGGGGGAAAGGGCUGGGGCCGGCAAAGUACGCAGCUGCCUAGGUGCUCCUGACCCGUCCCUUCCCCAAAGCCUCUGCUCUGCUGCGCCCCGGCCCCGCCUCUGCCUCCACUCCCACUCCCCUGAGAACUGCAGCAGGGGCGGGCCUGCUCACCGGCGGCUAGAAGUGCGGCGACCCAGACCCAGCCGCGCCGCUGGUGAGUGCUGGGGGGGUUCUCCCCCUACCCCCAAGCCAGCCCCGCCCCUCACAGUCCUGCCGCCUGCGGUGGGGCUGCCUUGGGCCCCAGAAUAGCUAGGAACGGGCCUGCCUGCGAGGCUUGCCUGUGCACAUAGAUGCCAACUGCACUUUCACCGGAGGGGAGAAUGCAUGGAAAUAACAGUGGGAGCAACUUCAAAGGGUGAUCCCGGACAACAGGGCAAUUGAGAUGGCUGAGGGUUUUCCCAGCAGGGCAGAUUCCAGAGUGUCUGUGCAUGGCUUGGGGGGAAUCUGAAACCUCUCCCCCGCCCUUCCCACGCUGACAGGCUGCAGAGUAACAACCACCAGAUUCACUUCAGAUUGUCACAUCACUCUAGGGGCCGGGGAAGGGAAAUGGCUGCAGUGGACCCGGCUCAGGUGACCGUGACCUUCGAGGAGGUGGCUGUGUAUUUCACUGAGGGGGAAUGGGCACUGUUGGAUCUGGCUCAGAGAGCCCUGUACAGGGACAUCAUGCUGGAGAAUUACAGGAAUGUGACCUCGUUGGGUUUUCCAAUUCCCAAGCCCAGCGUGAUCUCCCAGCUGGACCAAGGAGAAGAGCCGUGGGUCCCUGAUCUCCAGGGGUCCCAGGCUAGAAAGAUCCAGAGAAACAUCCCCAGAGCAGGUGAUGAGACGGUGAGUGAGAGCAAUGAAGAGAGUCCUUGUCCGGCCGGUCCUGAGCAAAUGGAACUGAAGGGGACGUUGCUGGGAAGAUGUGAAGGGGAUGAUUCCCAGAUUCCUGGGCAAGGACAAGCCCAAGAAACUCAGUGCAGGCCAGAGAAGCAGCAGGGAACCCCUCCAGGAAAGAUACUGGGUGAAUCCACUUGCCGAGGGGGAGGUUUGGAAGAAUCUAAUAAAGUCACGAUCCAGCCAAGAACCUGCACUAAAGAGAAGCAUUUCGAAUGUGCUGAGUGCAGGAAACGCUUUAGUUGUAAAGAACACCUUGUUAGACAUCUGAGAGUCCACACUGGAGAGACCCCGUAUCACUGCCCCGAGUGUGGGAAACAAUUCAGUGACCAAUCAAUCCUUAUUAGACAUCAGCGAACCCAUACAGGAGAGAGACCCUAUAAGUGCACUGACUGCGGGAAAAGCUUCAGUCAGAGGUCAGGCCUUAUUACACAUCAGACAGUCCACACAGGAGAGAAAUGCCAUAAAUGUCCUGACUGUGGACAAACCUUCACUCAGAGAGGGCAUGUUACUAGACAUCGGAGGACUCACACGGGUGAGAGACCCUAUGGAUGCCCAGAGUGUGGAAAAAAGUUCGCUUCCACCUCUGACCUUAUUAUACAUCAGAGAAUCCACACAGGAGAGAAACCCUAUAACUGCCCUGACUGUGGGAAAAGCUUCAGUCACAGCCAUCACCUUACUGACCAUCGGAGAAUCCACACAGGAGAGAGACCCUAUACCUGCCCCGACUGCGGGGAAAGCUUCAAAAGUAAAUCUGGCUUCAAAGUCCAUCGGAGAAGGCACACGGGAGAGUGCCCCUAUCAAUGUUCCGUCUGUGGGGAAAGGUACAAAACUAGGAACUCUCUAACAUGCCACAUGAAACACCACACAGAAUAGUGCCAGACACUUCCCCUCCUCUCUCUGCAUCUGUAGAGAUAGGAAGAACCAUGAGGAUAAUAAACAGUUGCCCAAUGCCCUAGGGAGUCAAGUGGCACCACUAUUUACUUGUGUGCUGUGUAUCUCAGGAGGACGGAGGCACCAGGAGAGUGACAUUAUUAUUAUUACUGUCUUGCAUUAUUCUCUGACACUCUCCCAUCCCAUCCCAGCUCCCUCUGUCAUGAGGAGGCUUCUACUGAGCCAAAGGGUUUACCUGGAUUUCCUGGUCCCUGUUUUUAGGCAGGGACUUAGUUCACAUUGUUGCACACAGGGAUUAUUCUGUAAAUUGCUGCCCUGGGAGGCAUUUUCUCCCUGUUUCUGCAUGGUGGGGAGAGCAGGGGUCUGAAAUUUCUGGAUAGUUGGGUGUCAGUGGAUUGUUUAUUGUUCAUUGAAUUAUUUUCUGGGUAUUGCUCAAUUAUGUGUUUUUCCCCCAACUAAGAUGUAAAUAAAACUUUUCUGGCAAAUCUCA